UCCAUAUAUAGUAGUAAAAUAUGUUGUCCUAGUCUCUAUAAAUAAACAAAAACUUGAUUACUAGCUACACAAAUCCGACAUUUCAAACCUCGAACUUCUUUUUGUUUGUAUUCUUGAAAAGGAAGUGUCUGAAUUUCUGCAACAUAAUGUUGGUUAUAUUCUUUGUUUUAUUUAGUAUAAGCUCAUGUGAAGGGAAAGUGCAGUUGCCGAAGAACGUAGUUGUAAAAGCAGUAUUUGCAUUUGGAGAUUCAAUUGUAGAUCAAGGAAAUAAUAACGAUAUAAUAACACUAGCAAAGUGUAAUUUUCCACCUUAUGGUAAGGACUUCAAUGGUGGAAUACCCACCGGAAGAUUCUGCAACGGCAAGACGCCGCCAGACAUCUUAGUGGAAGAACUAGGGGUAGCAGAGCUGGUACCAGCUUACCUUGAUCCAAAUUUGAAAACUGAAGAUCUAAAAACUGGAGUAAGCUUUGCAUCAGGAGGUUGUGGAUUUGACCCUUUAACAACUACCCUCGCGGCGGCCAUACCCCUGUCAACACAAUUAAAUCAAUUCGAAGAAUAUAUUGAGAAGCUGAAAGCGUUAGUCGGGGAAGAAGAAACCAACUAUAUUUUGGAAAAUAGCCUAUUCCUGGUGGUUGCUGGCAGUGAUGAUAUUGCCAAUACUUACUUCUCCGCUGGAAUUCGCCUGAAGCAGGAUAUUAACUCAUAUACUAAUUUUAUGGUGGCCAAAGCUUCUGAAUUUCUCCAAGAAUUGUACAAGUUAGGAGCAAGAAAAAUUGGAUUUUUCGGAAUUCCACCACUAGGAUGUUUGCCAUCGCAGAGAACACUAGCUGGAGGGUUCAACAGAGUAUGUGUUCAAGAAUACAAUCAAGCAGCGCAAUUGGCCAACACCAAACUCUCUGCUGCACUUAAUUCAUUAUCCAAAAACUUACCUCAAUCCAAGCUCGUCUUCAUCGAUAUAUAUAAUCCUAUACUCGAUCUUAUUGUCAACCCCCAAAAAUAUGGAUUAGAAGAAGUAGAGAAAGGGUGUUGUGGCACAGGAAAAAUAGAGGUGACAAUACUAUGCAACAAAUUCAGUGGAACAUGUGAAGAUGAUACAAAGUAUUUAUUUUGGGAUAGUUAUCAUCCCACUGAGAAAGCUUACAGGAUUCUUGUUAAUCAGAUUCUUAAAAAAUAUAUCAACAACUUCUUGUAAAUGCAUGAAUUUGAUCAAGAUCAAGAUAUGCAUCACCUAAUUUGUAACUUUGUUGGAUCAAAGGUCCAAAAAAAGGGGGGUUCAAAUCCGUCCUUCCUCAUCUUAUUUCUUGAUUCCAUUGAUAAAGCUUUACUUAAUAAAAUUUAUAUGUCAUUGAUGUUCAUUUAUGUA